UCAACACUGAAACACUUAUUUCGACACAAGACGUAAAAAGAUCAAUGCGACAUACAAAGACUCACUUUGACAUGUGAAUUAAACUUAUAUACUUUAUGACUACAUUCAAACAAAUACAAAUUACGGAUCUGGAUUUGUGUUUUGCCACCCAAGAUAUGGCAUGUGUACAACAAGUGAGAACAUCUCAGGACACUCAGCUGUUGCCCAAUCAGGUUGUGUCGGAGCUGCAGUCCAUCGCUGUCAUCAAGAAACUUCUGGCCAUUGCCGUGUCUGGCAUCACAUACCUAAGAGGACUUUUUCCAGAGAAGGCCUACGGGAACAAAUAUGUGGAAGAUCAGAAGGUGAUGAUCCUCAGAGAAGAGCAUAGUUGCCCUGGCGCCUGUCAAAUUGUUCAGUGGAUGCAAGGUUGCUUUGAUGCCAUCCAGAUGAAAUAUCUCCGGACCGUCAUUAUGUCUGUCUACACGGACGCUGACAACCCGCAGAAAGUGACAGAGUUUUAUCAGUUCAGGAUUCAGUACAACUCUGACGGGGCCAAGAUGGACUUUGAGAGCAACCACAACCAAAAGCUGUCGACAAUAUCGUGUGGCAGCACCAAGAAGGCCAGCAUCCUGUUGGUGAGGAAGCUCUACACUCUCAUGCAGAACCUCGGUCCUCUGCCCGAGAAUGUCUGCCUCAACAUGAAGCUGGCCUACUACGAUGAUGUGACGCCUCAGGACUAUCAGCCGCCAGGCUUCAAGGAGGCUGACGGAAACACGCUGGUGUUUGGGAAGGAGCCGGUCAGGCUGACAAUGGGCGAGGUGGUCACGCCUUUCCACACCAUCCAGCUGGACAUGGCCACCGAGAGACAAAGGCUAGAACCGGUGGAGGAGACUGUAGGUGGCAAGGACAAGUGGAUUCUAAGGAUGGAGGACGAGGGUGUGGUGUCUCAGAGUCACGUGGUCGAAGAUGUGGACGCGCCCGACAACAACAGCAACGGGAUCGAGCUGAUGUGCCGCGAAAAUACCUACGAGCUUACCGAGAUGAAAACCGUGUCAAAAAAGACCUCUGACAUGGCGACAACCACGAUGACCACCAGAAGCGGACGCAUUUUGAAGUCAACCACGCAGUGUGCGCUGCAGACAAACGGGAUGUUGAACAACAGGAAGGAAGCCGCAAUGAAGGACAAACUGGUUUCUAAAUACGACAUUCCAAACAGCCAGGAGACUCCACGGAAGAAGCGCAAGUUCAGUGAGCCCAAAGAACACCUCUGACCAAACAGGCACUUCUUUUCCUUUCAUUGUCAGUUUUUUAUGUUUAUUGGUUAGAGUUAAGUUGAAAUAUCCAUGCAUGUUUUCGUAAAAAAAAACUUUGUUUACUUGAUGUUUACGCAUCUUCACUUGUGCAGUGCCGUCAGCUUCAAUAAA